UUGAGAGAAGUGUUCUGGAUUUCCUUAACAAUGUGUUCUCCAUAUAUUGUUACAAAUCGUGUUCUCCGUGGAUUUUUCCUUCCUAGUAUGGGAUCGUGCUGGCUUCAUUCUUGAGAAUUUUAUAGCAAAUUCGAUAUUAUGAAAAAUUGGUCGGUAACAAAACGGAAGAGGCUGCUUCAAGAAAACCAUAACAAAGAGAGAAGCAGAGCUUGCAGAUAAUAAUCAUAUGGCCAUUACAAAAACACAGGUUUGCUUGAAGGCCAUAACAAAUGAUAACCGUUCUCUUCUUCACAUGGAGAACUUGACGCUUCCCUCGUUUCAGGUUGUAGUGAUAACAGCAAAUAUGGAGUGCAACGGUUGUAGGGGGAGAGUUUCCAGAGUUGUCUCAAAAAUGACUGGGUUGACAGAGUACACAGUGGAUGUGCGUAAAAAAGAAGUUACGGUUAAGGGAGAUUUCAUAGCACAUUGCAACUUCCAGGAGGAAACCCUUAGAAGCAGCACCCUGAAGAGUGCCAUCAAUCCACCCAGGUCCCUGUUUACAUGUUUAACUCACUUUGACAAACAUUUAAUAUAACCAAAAGUAGAUC